AUGCCAGGCAGCGGUGUUACCAUUUCCGAUGUCAUCGGCAGAGAACGCAGUAUCAACAUUUUUGCAGGCUUUACUCGUGACAUUGAAUCUGUUUCGAAGCGACUGGAAGGAUCACAGAACACCACGUUGCUCGCACCUCACAAUACAGCCAUCACCAGACUGCCUAGGAAGCCUUGGGAGGAUCCUCAAGACUACGCUGCUUUGGGUCAGAACGCGUACGACGGUCAAAGUGGUGAAGACCGAGCACACAGAAACUUGAGACGUUUCGUCGAGGCGCAUGUUGUCCCCGAGUCGCCUUGGGCUGAAAACCAAAAGAUCCAAACCCUCGGAGGCGACACUGUAUGGUGGGAACACAAGGACGGGAAGAAACUGAUCCAACCCGGUGGUAUCGAGGUCUCGAGUGUCCCUAACAAGGUCGCCAAUGGAGAGGUCUGGAUCUUAGAAGGUGCUCGCAACUAUGCCUAA